GCUGAGGACUGGACGACUUUUAAAAACUUACAGAAGGAAACUAGGAAAGUCAUUAGGAAAGAAAAGAUGAAUUAUGAAAGGAAGUUGGCAAUUAACAUUAAAAAGGAUACUAAGAGGUUUUUUAAAAAAUAUAUGCAGAGUAAAAGAGUGACAUGGGUAGAUAUAGGACCGAUUGAAAAUGAUGCUGGAGAAAUUAUUAUGGGUAACAAAGAGAUGGCAGAGGAACUGAAUGAGUAUUUUGCAUCAGUCUUCACAGUGGAAGACAUUAGCAACAUACCUGAUAGCCAGAGGUAGCAGGGAAUAGAAUUAGCUACAGUCAAAAUUACUAGAGAGAGAGUGUUUGGGAAGCUAAGUGGACUAAGAAUAGAUAAGUCUCCCGGCCUAGAUGAGGUGCAGCCAAGGGUUCUGAAGGAGGUCCCUUUGGAGAUUGUGGAAGCAUUGGAGAUCCAGGAAUCAAUAGACUCUGGCAUGGUUCCGGAGGAUUGGAAGGUCACAAAUGUAGUUCCGCUGUUUAAGAAAGGAGGGGGGCAGCAAAAAGAAAAUUACAGACCUAUUAGUCUGACAUCACUAGUUGGAAAGUUAUUGGAGUUGAUCUUCAAGGAUGAGGUUAUGAACUAUCUCGAGGUGCAUGACAACAUAGGCCCAAGCCAGCAUGGUUUCAUGAAGGGAAGAUCCUGCCUCACCAACCUAUUGGAAUUUUUUGAGGCCGAGUAGGCGAUGAGGCCCGGCGGCAGCAUCUUGCUGGUGGGAGAGGGGAAUUUCUCCUUCGCCGCUUCCCUGUGUGACCGCGUGUCAAGGGACACCCGGAUCGUGGCGACUUGCUACGAGAGCGAAGAGGCGGCCACCAGGCACGAACGGGCGGCAGGCAACAUCGACUACUUAUUGGAGAAGGGAGCAGAAGUCUACUUUCUAGUGGACUGCACCGACCUCCAGGGAUGUCCGUCCUUAAGGAGCAGGCGGUUUGACAAGAUUAUCUUCAACUUCCCUCACUGCGGCCGGAAGGCAGGAGUGAAAAAGAACAGAGAACUUCUGGCGAAGUUUUUUGUGAGCUGCGCGGAGGUUCUCACAGCGAGGGGGGAAGUGCGUGUUACCCUCUGUAAGGGCCAGGGCGGCACCGACGCGGACCAAUGGGCACGAAGUUGGCACAACAGCUGGCAGAUCGUCGCCAUGGCGGCCGGCGCCAACUUCAUUCUCACUGGGGUGCACCCGUUUGACAGCACCUGUUACGAUGGCUACACCAGCACAGGCUACAGGAGUCAAGAUAAGGGCUUCUGCCUGGACGGGGCUCUUACACACGUGUUCACCCAAAGCUUGCCGGUCGCCAGGUCGAAGCCCGUCGUCGUGGAGACCAAGAUUGGGGAUGAGCACCGCUCCUUCCAGAUCCCGGGAGAGCUCGCUGACAAGAUAAACAGGAAUUUUCUCCAGAAAGGUUCGACCCACCCAGUGAAUGUCAUCAAAGACCUGCUGGUAAAGCAGAUCGGCGUGGAAGCCGCCGUUCAGGAACUGGAGAACGACUUCCCGCUCCUGACCAAGUUUGACCCUGGAGACCGCUGGCCUGGGUCCGAGAUUCCCGAGUCUGAGAUUUACUUUGUCGGCUGCUCGGGCCGCCGGGCGGUCCGGUGCGGGGAGCCAACCGGGCCUCCCUGCUGCUGGGGGGAUACUGGGGCGGCGUCCGAUGGGAGCCCGGGCAGCGAGACGCCGGACGCGGCCAGGGUUCCUGGUCUGAGUGAGGCUUACUGCCUCUGCCCUGCUCUGACGGGAUACCUGCCCGAGGUGCUGCGGAGACCGGACUUCCAAGCCGGGGUAAUCUACGCCCUGAGUGGCACGGUCUUCAGAAGAUGCCCGAUCUCCCCGCGGAUGAUGCCUGCUUUCCAUGAGCUGCUCCUGGUGGCCACCACGUCACCGCCGGGCUUCUUCCGCCGGUUUACGUCCGCCGUGGAGAAGGCCGUCGCGCUGCUGGUGGAAUUGGCCUCCGGGGACGGCCCGGCUCCUGUCACCUUGGAAGAGGAGAGUGGCGGCGGGCGCUGGAGUAUUUGCGUUACGGCCGCGGCACCGCCGGGCUGCGCCAGCGUGGCCGCCGGAAGAGUGGACCUCGUCCCGGACCCGACCCGGGGCGGGCUGGGGGUCUGCCUCGCCUCGGUGAACCUCGGGCUGCUGGCCACGGCCCUGUGCCGGAUCAGUGACUGGAGGCUGCUGUGGACGUGCGACUGGCGCUCUCCGUGCCAUGCGGGGGGAUUAAAACUGCCGCGGCCUCUCUCCGGCCUCUCGCUCUACCCACCCUCCUACACCCACGACGUCAGCUUCUGGGUGGAGCCCGGCGCAGAGCCGGCCGAGCUGGAACUCCACGCCGCCGCCCGACGGGUCAGCGGCGGGUCAGUCAAAACAAUGGAGCUGAUCGACAGCUUCUGCCACCCCGGGACGAACCGCAGGAGCUACUGCUACAGGCUGACGUACCAGUCGUGCGACAGGGCCCUGUCUUACCAGCGAGCACUGCAAAUGCAACUGGACUUCAGGGCGGAGCUGCAGAGCGCCUUCCGCGUCGCUCUCAGAUAACCUGGGGCUCCGCUUCUUCACCGCCGUAAGACCCCGACGCUCUUCCAGACCCGUUCCUGCUCUCCCCGCCCUCCCAGGCGCGUUCCUGUCUGACAGCGACAGAGCGCCACGUUUCGGCCGGGGGGGUGGUUAGCGUUGGGGAUCCGGUGGAGUUCAUCACCACGGGUGGCUGCGGAGGCCAGCCCGCGGGGUGUGUUUGAAGGCGCCGCGCACGAAGCGGUGGGGGGACCCGGCGGGUCGGGCAGCAUCUGUGGAGAGGAGUAAACGGUCGACGUCUCGGCGGGGUGGGGGGGAGACCCUCCGUGAGGACGGGAGAGGGAAGGGGGGUAGAAGCUGGUUUGGCGUCGCCUGAGAGGACCGUUUGGGGGUCCCUGAAACAAGCUGAAUGGUCCGCAUUCACUUCCACGGAUGCUGCCCGACCUGCCGAGUUCCUCCAGCAUUUUGAGUGUUCAGUUUUCGUUUAUUGUCGUUUAGAAAUGCAUGCAUUAAAAAAGUUCCUCCAGAAUGAUAUCACAAGAAAACACAGGACAGACCAAGACUCAAACUGACAAAAACCACAUAAUUAUAACAUAUAGUUACAACAGUGCAAAGAAAUACCGUAAUUUGAUGAAGAGCAGACCAUGGGCACAGUAAAAAAAAAGUCUCCAAGUCCCGAUAUCCCCAUCAUCUGACGCAGACGGUAAAAGAGAGAAACUCUCCCGUCCAUGAACCUCCAAGCACCGCAAACUUGCCGAUGCAUUGGAAGCACCCCGACUGCAGCCGACUCUGAGUCCGUCUGAAAACUUCGAGCCUCUGACCAGCCCCUCCGACACAGACUAUCCGAGCACCAUCUCUGCCGAGCGCUUCGACCCCGCCCCGGCCGCCAAGCAACAAGCAAAGCCGAGGAUUUGGGGCCUUCCCCUCUGGAGAUUCUGGAUCACACAGUAGCAGCAGCAGCGAAACAGGCAUUUCAGAAGUUUCACCAGAUGUUCCUCCGUGCCUCUCCAUCAAAUCAGGAUUGUACACGGCACCCUACUUGACAGAUAAACAGACAUCACCACCGGAGAGGCCGCUGCGAGCUGCGUCACGCUGCCAUCUUCCCACGGAAGUGUGUACCCGCUCUGGAUUUCCAGCGCCUGCAGAAUCUCUCCUGGGUGUACUUAAAGCGGGGGGGGCCCUCGAUUGGUCUGAGUGCCAAGGGUUACGGGUGAAGGCAGGAGAGUGGGGUUAAGGGGGAUAGGUAGUCGGCCGCGGAGCAGAGUCAAUGGGCCAAGUGGCCCCCCAAUUCUGCUUCUGCCUCUUACGGACUUCUGUACCACCACUGCCUCCUGCAGACAAUCGGAACUUCCCACCUUCCGUCGCCGCCACACCAGCUUCCGCCCUUGCCCUCGGAUCUCCCCCCGGACUGCCUCUGACACACACGAACUGGGACACAGGCCCUUCGUCCCGUCACGCCUCUGCCGACUAUCCCACCUGCCUGCGCUAAUCCCACGCCCACAGAACGCCGGGGCGGUCUCGGCAGCUCAGGCACUGUCCGCGGAGAGGAGUAACUCGGCGGGAGGAGAGAGAGCAGCGCACCGCGUGUGCGCAGCCCUCCGGUGAAAAAUGAUAUCGUAUCCGUUAAAUAGGGGCCGUGGACAAUUCUGAUUUGAUGGAGACGGACGUGAAAGCACAGAGGAACAUCUGGGGAAAUUUCUGAAACGCCCGUUCGCUGCUUUCGUUACCGCGCAAUCAUGAAUCUUCCAGAGGGAAGGCCUCAAAAUCCCCGGCUUUGCCUGCUGCUGGCAACCGGGAUUGAGGUUGAAUCGCUCGGAUAGAGAUGGCGCUCAGUACUCGGUGUCGGAGGGCUGAUCGGAGGCUCGGAGUUUUCGGACGACUCAGAGUCGGACUGCGGUCGGGUAUGGCAGGGAGAGUUUUCUUCCUUCUCCCGUCUGCGUGAGAUGUGGGACUUUCGAGAGUCUUUGAACUUUUUUUACUGUGCCCAUGGCCUGAUCUUCAUCAAGUUACGGUAUUGUUGCAGUGUUGUAACUAUAUGUUAUAAUUAUGUGGGGUUCGUUAGUCUUUCCGGUCUUGGUCUGUCCUGCGUUUCUGUGAUAUCACACCGGAGGAAUAUUGUAUCAUUUCUUAAUGCAUGCAUUACUAAAUGACAAUAAAAGAGGACUGUGUGUCCUCAUAAUCUAACCGGCCGGCGUUCCGGGAGUGAGACCGUUCCUCAGGGCUGGAAAGGAAGGGGGGAGUGGGAGAGGACUGCAGGCUGC